UUGUGGCGUUUUGGUACAAAGAUGUUCAACAUGCUGCCCUUGCAGGCCAUUGAUUUUCCAUUUUCAUAUGACGGCAAGUGAUAUAAUUAGUUUUCUCUGCUUUUGGAAAAUCUGCUUGUUAAGCACAACCUACUGAUGAAUGACUUGGUGAAGACCUUUAUAAAAAUUGAGUGGCUUCUGGUCUGUCUUCAUUUUCUUUCAGAAUCUUCAGUUAAUUUUCCAUUUUCAGUACGACAGCUAGUGAUAUAACUUUUCUUCUCUGCUUUUUGGAAAAUCUGCAUGUUAGGCACAACUCACUGAUGAAUGACAUAGUGAAGACCUUUGGAAAAAAUUGAGUGGCUUCUGGUCUUACUUAGUGAUCUGUCCAAAUCUUCAGUUCCAAGCUGUUUGGCAAAUUCAUCCACUACUUUUAUGCUUGCGGCCGGCAUUAUAAUCUCUUGAGUGCUUGUGUUCAUUGCAUGGCUUGUAAAGUUAUGUCGGCACAACGUACUUGGAUGGCUUUCCUUGGAGUCAACUGUAAGCUCGGAUGGUAACAGUAGCAAUAGCAACUUUGCACUUCUUAGAUGCUAAUGCUGGUAGCAAUUGGUCUUCUGUGUUCACCAACUACGCAAGCUCCAAAUUGCACAGGUUGCCCUCAUUAAAUGUAAAUGGCCGCUCUCAUCCUCUAUCUCCUCCUAGUUCUCUUCAUAAACUCUACUUCUCCGCUCCCGCUCUCGACCGAUGGAAGAUGGAUCGUCGAUGCGACCACGGGGCGGCGCGUGAAGCUCGCGUGUGUCAACUGGGCCGCCCACCUGGAGCCGAUGCUCGCGGAGGGCCUCGACAAGAAGCCCCUGGGCGACAUCGUAGCCAAGAUCAGGAGGCUGCGGUUCAACUGCGUGCGCCUCACGUGGGCCACCCACAUGUUCACUCAGCCGGGCCACGGCGAGCGGCCCGUCGAGGAGACCCUCGACGCCCUCGGGCUGGCGAAGGCCAAGGGCGGGGUGGCCCGGAACAACCCACUUGUGCUGAACAUGACGCACGUGGAGGCGUACGACGCCGUCGUGGACGAGCUCGGGAAGCGAGGCGUGAUGGUGGUGCUGGACAACCACGUGAGCAAGCCCAAGUGGUGCUGCCCUUAUGACGAUGGGAACGGCUUCUUCGGAGACGAAUAUUUCGAUCCCGAAGAGUGGCUGAGAGGGCUCGUCGCGGUGGCCGGGCGCUUCAACGGGAAGAGCCAGGUGGUGGGAAUGAGCAUGCGAAAUGAACUCCGCGGUUCCCGUCAAAACGAGCACGACUGGUACCAGUACGUUCGCACUGGAGCGACCAAGGUUCACAAGGCCAACCCCAAUGUGCUGGUCAUCGUCUCGGGCCUGAGUUGGGCCUCCGAUCUCGGCUUCCUGCAGAAGAGGCCCAUGGGCCUGAACUUGGACCGCAGGCUGGUCUACGAAGCCCACUGGUACUCGUUCAGCGGGGACCGGAAGAUCUGGGAGGUCCAGCCUGUGGACCGGGUCUGCGCUGACGCUGUGCAGAGGAUGGACGACCAAGCCGGGUUCCUCGUGAGCGGCCCCGACGCGGCCCCGCUGUUCUUGGGAGAGUUCGGGUUUGACCAGAGCGGGAAAAGCCUGGCCGACGAUCGGUUCCUGAGCUGCUUCAUGGGAUACGCCGCGGGGAGGGACCUGGACUGGGCCCUGUGGGUAUUGCAGGGGAGCUAUUACUAUCGGGAAGGGGUCGCCGGGCCCGAAGAGACCUUCGGGGUGCUCGAUUUCAAUUGGGAUGGGCUCCGCUACCCAAAGUUUAAGGAGAGAUUUCAGAUGGUGCAGACGAUGAGUCAAGACCCAAGCUCCAAUUCAUCUAUGUCCUACAUUAUGUACCACCCGCAGAGUGGCCACUGCAUCCGAGCAAAUAACAACCACGAGAUCGGCGCGACUGAGUGCCGCUGGAGCAGGUGGAGCCACGACCGAGAUGGUGGCCCAAUCAGGCUAGUGGGCACUCCUCUCUGCCUCAAAGCCCUUGGCGACGGGCUCGUGGCAACACUUUCCGAUGACUGCUCGAGCCGGCAAAGCGCUUGGAGAUCAAUCUCCAAUUCGAAGCUUCACGUAGCUGCCAUGGACGAACAUGGGAAUCGCCUCUGCUUGGAGAAGAAGUCGAACGAAUCUUCAGUGGUUUUGACCAGGAAGUGUAUCUGUGUGGAUGAUGAUUCUGGGUGCAUGGAGAAUCCACAGGGCCAGUGGUUCAAGUUUGUGCCCACCAACACAUGAUCACUAACCAGAGGAACUGGGGGAGGUUCUCGAAAUGGGGUUGACAAUGAUUGGCUUCGAUCGAUGCAUGCGUAGCAUUUCGUACGUUAUAUGAUAAGAAAGCUCCAUCUUUAUGUGAAAUACAAUGGGGCCCUAGUUAAUAAGUUCUCCAGAAUAAUCCUCAACAAAGAAUUCCUCGAGAAGGAGAAAAGAUCCACCUUACAGACA